UGCUGCCAUAUAUAUAAGAUGGAUUGUGGAUACCAUGUAGGUGCUGUUGGCCUUUCACUGACCUCAUUAUCAUUGUCUAUCAUCCCCUCGAUUCCUUCCUGCUAUCGACUGCACAGGUUUCAGCAUGGCAGAAGAAGCAGUCGGACUACAACGUGCUUCCUCAGGAGCUCGCAGAUCUUCGAGCGAAUCCUCCUUGAGCGACAAGGACCACGAAAAGCACAACGACUUCGGAACCGACGUUCGCCACCCCAAUCACGAUCCGAAUCAUGGAGCGAUACCAGAGAGACCUCUUACCAAGGUCCACACGCACGAACCUUAUCCCGUCGACGUUGUCAAUCUCCCUUAUCGAACGCUUACCGCCGAAGCUGGCGAUCGGAUGCGCGAGUAUACGGAGGAAACAGCGACCGGUCUCCAACCUGUCAUCUCAAUUAAACGAACCAAGACCGGUGAAGCGAAGCCCCAAGAGUACUCUCUCGUCACAUUUGUCGAAAAUGAUCCCGACAAUCCGAAGAACUGGUCAAAGGCCUAUAAAUGGUAUUGUACCAUGGUCGUUGCAAUCACCUGCUUCGCCGUGGCCUUCAAUAGUGCUGUGAUCACUGCAGACCUGGUCGGACCAGCCGAGACAUUUGGCGUCAGCGAAGAAGUCAGUCUGUUGACUAUCACGCUCUUCGUUGUUGGUUUUGGUGUUGGACCUAUGGCUUUUGCUCCCAUGAGCGAGAUUCUUGGCAGGAGAAUCAUGUACGCGAGCACGCUGCUGGUCGCUGUGAUCUUCAUCAUUCCUUGCGCAGUCGCGAAGAACAUUGGAACUUUGCUGGUGUGUCGAGCGAUCGAUGGUAUUGCAUUUUCUGCUCCGAUGACUCUGGUCGGAGGCACACUAGCAGAUUUCUGGAGGAAUGAAGAGAGAGGAGUUCCCAUGGCUGCAUUCAGUGCUGCACCAUUCAUCGGCCCUGCUAUUGGACCACUAAUUGGAGGCUUCACAGCUGAUCAUUUGGGCUGGAGAUGGCUUUACUGGCUCCAGUUGAUCUUGUCUGGAGCAUGCUACAUCUUGAUCACCUUCACCGUACCGGAGACUUACGCACCAACUAUCCUCGCCCGACGAGCUAAGAAACUGAGAAAAGAGACUGGGAACGACUCAUACGUGACCGAAGUGGACCUGGACCUACGACCACUCAGCGAGAGACUACGAGUCUUCUUGUUGAGACCAUUUCAAUUGCUCUUCCAAGAGCUGAUUGUCAUGUUCAUCUCGCUCUACAUGUCUGUCCUCUAUGGAUUGCUCUAUAUGUUCUUUCUAGCAUAUCCAAUUGUCUUCCAGGAGGGGAAAGGAUACUCUGCAUCUAUCACUGGCUUGAUGUUCAUUCCUUUGGCGAUUGGAGUUGUGAUGAGUGCUUUCUUCUCGCCUUGGGUGAAUAAGCACUACCUCAAGCAGGUUAAGAAGUAUAACGGGAAGCCUCCGGCUGAGGUUCGCUUGAUUCCGAUGAUGUAUUCGUGUUGGUUUAUUCCAGUCGGGCUGUUCAUCUUCGCCUGGACAUCAUAUCCACGCCUGACCUGGUUUGCUCCUGCUUUUGGAGGUUGGUUUGUUGGCUUCGGAUUUAUCUUCCUUUACAACAGCGCCAACAACUAUUUGGUCGACACUUAUCAGCACCAAGCAGCAAGUGCUCUUGCCGCAAAGACCUUCCUCAGAUCACUCUGGGGCGCGGCUGUCGUACUGUUCACCAUCCAGAUGUACCACCGACUUGGCGACCAAUGGGCUUCAACCCUUUUGGCAUUCAUCGGGCUGGCGUGCUGCGCCAUUCCGUACGUGUUCUAUUACAAGGGAGCAGCGAUUCGAAGAUUCUCCAAGUUCGCGUAUGCCGGUGAUGAGGAGAGCAACACCACAGGCGUACAGUAAUGGGGCGAUGACUGAAUAGAGAAGGCUCGGAUGCUUCUGCGGUAAUAGCGAGACAGCAGCCGCGUUUUGUACCGAUAGUAAUGAUACCCACAUCGCAUUUGUAGCAACAUUAUCCUUCCUGAGAUUUAAUCAAGACUCAACGCG